AUGUUGCAAGAUAACUCUCCAAAACUCAAGAGGCCCAGUCGUUUUAUGGGAGCUAGAAAAGGAGAUAAAAUAAUAUCAGAAGAUCAACACUUCGUGGCUCACGACGUUUCGCCCCUGACCUUGUUGAAAGCUGGAUUGAAAAGAUCCUCAGAUUCGAGAAUCGCGCCUCCGAAGAAAAGCGGGAAAGAACCAGAAGAUAUGAAAACUCGAAUGGAACCUAAUGAUUCUGAAUGUCCAGGUGCAAUGUUUUUAGAAACAAUUACAAUUUCAAUGGUGGGUGGUGGCAUAACUUGUGUUUUAGAAGAUGGAGAUGUGUUUGAAAAAGCUGGAGUUAAUAUUUCUGUGGUUCAUGGUGUUUUACCUCCUGGAGCUAUCCAGCAAAUGAGAGCUAGAGGAAAAAAAUUCUCUAAUUCAAAUAAACUACCCUUCUUUGCUUGUGGUGUCAGCUCUGUUAUACAUCCAAGAAAUCCUAAUGUUCCAACUGUUCACUUCAAUUAUCGAUAUUUUGAAGUGGAUAAUGGUGAUGGGACAACAACUUGGUGGUUUGGAGGAGGAACAGACAUGACUCCAUAUAUUCUUGAUGAAGAUGACUGCAAACACUUCCACAAGACUUUAAAAAAAUGUUGUGAUAAGCAUAGCAAUUCAUAUUAUGAGGAGUUUAAAAAAUGGUGUGAUGACUAUUUCUACAUUAAACAUAGGGAAGAAAGUCGUGGUAUUGGUGGAAUUUUUUUUGAUGACUUAGAUACCCCUGAUCAAGAAAAAUGUUUUCAAUUUGUAACUACAUGUGCCAAUGGUGUGAUUCCUAGUUAUGUACCUAUUGUAGAAAAGAACAAAGAUAAAGGCUAUUCGUAUGCAGACCGACAGUGGCAACUUCUUCGUAGAGGAAGGUAUGUUGAAUUUAACUUAAUCUAUGACAGAGGAACAAAAUUUGGUCUGAUGACUCCCGGGGCUCGAUAUGAAAGUAUUCUCAUGUCUCUUCCUCCUUUUGCUAAAUGGCAAUACUGUCAUAGUCCAGAGAAAAAUUCCAAGGAAGAUAAAUUGUUAGAAGUUUUACGAAAACCAAGAAACUGGGCUUAAAACCAUUUGUAAUGUUCUUCAUUUCUCAUUGAACCUAUUUAUAGCUGUGAUAAAAUGCAAUUGAAGACCUUAAUCAUUUGAAAUGAACUCAGUUGUUAGUCUCAGCAUUAUUUGUUGUAUUUUUUAAGAAUAAAUUUUUU